AUGUCCAACUCUAAGGAGCAGAGCCUCGAUGAGAACGUAAUAUUCCUGGAGGUCACCGAGUCUUCUCCAGAGUUCCUCUACAGUGAGAGGGAGCGCCAGGUGGUGGAGAGGCUCCUGAGCGCAGGACCGGAGACCUUCUACAGCUCCAACGGCACAGAGCGCUCCGGCUGUUUCCUGUCGCCUGAGGAGGUCCGACAGAUAGGCAGCUGGGCUCAGGACUAUCACUGCAACCAGGUGCAGUGGGAAGACGAUGGAGGAGAAGGCCUCUCACAGAUGGAGGACUUCUGCUCCACCUACUUCCCUUGCAACUCAGACACACCGGCCCCCGACCUUGACCUGGGCUGGCCUGAGAAGGGGCCCUGGCUGACGAUGGGGAACAUCACAGUCCACACCAGCCCACCCUCUGAGGGAGAACCCCCCGUCAGAGAGAUAAUACGACAGCACUUGCAAAGGGCCACCCGAGUAAUUGCCAUUGUGACAGACAGCUUAACAGAUGGUGCAAUAAUUGGUGAUUUACACAAAGCUGCCUCCCGGGCCGUCCCUGUCUACAUCAUCCUAAACCAGAGAUCCAUUCAGGAGGAUUUCACGCUCAACAGGCUGCAUCAUCCGAACAUCCGAGUCCGUGUUCUUGGAGGGAAAGCCUUCUGUUCCAGGACGGGAAGGACGGUGGUUGGUGAGAUGAAAGACAAGUUCCUUCUGGUGGAUUUGGAGACAGUUAUUCAUGGCAGCUACAGCCUCACGUGGACCGACGCUCACCUGCACCGGCAGCUGAUCACCGUCCUGCACGGCCCAGUCGUGGACUCGUUUGACCUGGAGUUCAGGACCCUUUUUGCUGCUUCGCUUUCCGUCGCAAACACAUCGAGAGUCGCAGGAUCCCACUCUGAGGACUCCAGCUCUCUAAGCGACAUCAUGAAGAGGAUUCAGCCUCAGCAAAGCACUUCAUGGCUGCUCAAGAAAGGAUCCAACACCGCUGUGUCGGAAUUGAGCCAAUCCAUGAAGGACCUGAGUGUACACACACAGGACACAGGUCAAGACGGGAAAGGAGUCCCGGUGCCAAGGUUUAAGGCCAGUUGCCUAGAGUCCGAUUUAAUGACGCCUGCUUUCACUCUGAUGAAGAAGAGGAACGAUGACUUGAAAUCGGCAUUGUACAGAACUCCAACAAACCUUCUGCCCAGAGAGAGGCCUCGCAGCUUUGGCUAUGGUCUGAAUAUGGACUGGAGGAGGUCGCUGGCAGAGAGGGAGUUAGGGGAUCAAGAAUGA